AUGUGUGCGCAAAUGGAGACGUUCCGCUACUUGAUGAGUGUCCAUUACCGUUCGUCAUCGCAAGCUGCAAUAGAUGCGAAUGCGCCUUUGAAUUCGACACUUAAAACUCUUACACUGAAAGUGCGUACCAUAGAAAGAGCAUCACUUGCUGCUUAUUUUCGUCUCUUACUGUCAGUUCGUCAUAUGAUUAUCAACAGUAUUUUCUCCUCUAUGAAUGAAGUUAAAAGUAAAGUGGAUAUGCUAUUGGGAAUUUACGAUGGUUUGUCAGAUAAAACGAGAUACUUGGUAGAUAUAGAACACGAAAAUGGAGCACGCAGGGAAUGGACUGAGGCAGUCAACGGGAAUCCUUUGAUCAAAGUUUCCGUCAAAGUAGGGUUGGUUUUUCUUUUAGACGACUUCUAG